AAAACGGAGUGAGCGCGCAGCGCAGCAGCAGAGAGGGAGAGCAGACGCUCCGGUCAACACUUAAAGACGAGGAGGAGGAAGAGGAGCAGCAGGCGGAGGUCUCCGCCGGACCGGAUGAAGCUGUUGGCGGCUUUUUGCGGGGAAUGUGCAGCUCCUCCUCCGCGGCUCCAACUUAGUGACUCUGGUGUCUGAUGGUGAGAGCGGACUCGGAGGAUGGGAGUAACCUGGUCCUCCAGAUGCCUCGCUCUCCUCCUCGCGCUCCACCUAGUCUCCGUGCUGCAGACAGUUCUGGUUGGUGCUGGUCAAUGUGACUCCGUCUUCAAAGGAUUCUCAGACUGUCUGAUUCGACUGGGGGACGACAUGUCCAACUACCCCCAGGACCUGGACGACAGGGAGAACCUGCACAAGAUCUGCAGUUACUGGGACAACUUCCAUUCCUGCGCCACGACGGCGCUGGCCGACUGCCACGAGGGAGCCACGGACCUCUGGGAGAAACUGAAAAAGGAAUCCCGCAACCUGAAUUUCCGGGGGAGUUUGUUUGAACUCUGUGGUGGUGGGAACGGGGCCCUUGGGUCUGCUCCUGCCAGGGCCCUCGCCGUGUUCCUGAGCACCCUGACCACCAUACUGACUCGGCUGGCGUUUUAACAGGAAGGAGCAGAGAAAAAUAAAAGCCCACAAAAACAGAAGACAACUCCGCCAGACUGGAAACCUGAACAACCACGUCGGGGUUCAUCAGAAGAAAAUUCACCAUGAUUGGAUUUUUAUGGCUUCAUCACAACCUGGGCUGCCCUCUGGGACUUCCUGGAGUUGCCAUCCAAUCACACGCAGACCCUGCCUGAGGUCAACAACAUGAAAUAUUCAACAUGCUGCUGAACUGGAAGGAAGACAGUGAUGAAAUAUUGAUGGACACUUGCCCACUUACGAUUGUGGAAUUACAUAGUAUUAAAGUCAGCCAUGCAUUAUUGAUGUUUAGUAGGUGUAGCCAGCGCCGUGGUUAGCUCCCACGCGGCUCGAGGUUGUUCCUCAACGCAAAAACAAGCGUGACUCCACUGAAUCCGUAUCGCCAUCGCCCGUUUUUACAAUAAUAAAAGGGAUCAUUUCAUUUUCUACGCCAGCGCGACUGUUGGUGGUGCUGAACGAACGCUCGAUGAUGAAUUAGCCUGAUGUUUAAUUUUCUUUCAGCAGUUGUGGCGUUCAUGCUACAGCCAGCAGCUAUGAGGUCAUCACAACAGGCAGUGAGGUCACCAAAUUUCUGUCGGUCUGGAAAUGAUUCACCUUCCACUGACACAUUUGCAUUUUUUUUUACCUGUUUUCACCUAGCUAGCUAGCCUGCUAACAUGCUAGCUACUACUUUAUGAAGGAAACAUGGAAGCUUGAUUCUUCCUGGUUCCGGUGCUAGUCUGGUCUCCUCUCCAGGACCCGAGGUGGAGGGCUGUGGGCCAGGAUCAGGUCCACUGUUCAGAUCUAUGUUAACCUGCAUGAAACCAGAGUCCCACAACAUUUCUGGAAAUGGACACAAAAGUCUAAAAGCAUGGUUUAAUGAAGGCUGAAAUUUAAAGCUAGGCUAAUUAUGCUAGCCAGAGCAGCAUUAAUGAUAACCAGAGAAAGCCUACGUGAGCGGCAGCUUCAGAUUAUUUAUUGGUUUGGACUCCUUAUUUCUAAAGUAACACAGAGCAGUUUCCAGCUUCUCCGCUCUACUGGUAGAAAGUGGAAUUACAACUGUCAUAACAACCCUGCUGUAGCUAGCGCUAACAACAAGCUAAUGCUAACAUGAGCCAACUAAUACUAGUAUAACCCUCAAAACAAAAAGAUCAACACUGUUGAACUUAACAUCUUACUUGCAAGUUCAGUAGCAACAAAGCCAGGUCACCAUCAGUCCGUGACUUUGUAGCCGCCUUUAGCUCCCUCAAACUAGCGCUGAUGUUUACUCUGGUUUUAGCUCUUUGCUUUAUCUCUAAAGACAUCAAUCUCAUACGUUUACUUCCAGGCUCCUCCAUGACGCCAACAGAGAAAGCAAACUUCUUUUUCUUCUUCUUCUUCUGCUUUCAGGUCAGCAAACUGAAAAAGCUAACUGCUAACGUUUUAUUAGCUCCUGGCAUGAAAAAUAGCUAACGUCCAUUAAUCAGGUAAGCGCGCCCUCUAGGCCACUUAACUGUUCCACAGAACUGUUCAGUGCAGUACGUGGCCAGCAGAGGGCAGCAGAGAGGUAUCAAACAUGAAACAGGUCGUUUGUAACUCAACCGUCAUUGAGAUCAACGUUAAAGCGCUAGCUUUAAUCCUAUCUAGUGUUACUUUUCCCUAUGUCGUUUAUAGGAGGUGUGGUUUAUUUACUUUAAUCUUUACUUUUAAAGUUAGUUUAAAUUCUCUUUUAGACUUUGAGCUCAUUUCCAGAACGGGUUUGGUGGAGCGCUCGUUUUAUCCACCUGUAGCUGCUGGUUGACUAUCGGCAUGGUUCUGUUGGACCUCGUUAGCAGAACUGAACGCUAGCUUUUUACAGGAUGGCAGCAAUAUGAAAAUAAAGGUUUAUGGUCAGUGUAGCUACAUAAAUAACACACAUGUAUAUGUAUGUAUAUGUAUGUGUGGACAAUAAUGGAACCGUGGCUGAAGAGUGAAAUGACUGUUUCCGUUUCCAUCCCGGUGGUUUUAGUCCAACAUCAACGGUGAACUCUUAGCCCAAACGAACGUAGCAUCAUAAAAUCUAGAAGUUUGUUUUCCUUUCUGUUCUCAGACGUUUCAAUUCCAUUCAAAAUACUUUAUUAAUCCCAGAGGGAAUCAUUUCCACUGCCUUCUGACUCGAAGAUGUGCUCUUCUGUUUGUUUGUUUGUUUGUUGCCUGGCUGGUUGUCACUUUGUUUCUGGAGAUGCUACUAAACAGAAGAUGGACUAAAAUCUUCUAUAGAGAGAAAAUGUCUAUGAAAAAGAUUUUGAAAAAAGAACCUUUUGAGAAAUGCUUUAUUAGAGAUAGUCAGUUUUAAAUCAGAUUAUAUCCCCACAGAGAAAAUAAAGAACAAUAACGAUAAAAGAUGAAGAGAAAUAAAUGAAACAAAUGAUGUUUCAAGCUGUGA